AUGCCACAACAGAAAGCUCUAGCUAUUCCAUCGCAGGCGGCCCCAUACACAUUGAUAUCCAAACCUAUUCCCACCCCAGGGCCUUCUGAAGUACUGGUGAAGAUCGAGGGUAUCGCGUUGGGACCAUUGGAAUCGAAGCUUCCUUCUAUACCGUCGGCUUUGGAUAUGUUCGGGCCAUAUCCUAUCUUUACAGGGACUGACGCUGCUGGCGUGGUUGAACAGGUCGGGGAAAAUGUCAAGAGAUUGAAGAAAGGUGAUAGAGUCGUUUUCCAGGGUUGGUUCUUACCGGACUACACCAGUUUUCAGCAAUACGCGGUUGCUGAUGAAAAUAUCGUCGUUAAGCUACCAUCAACAAUCUCAACCUUGGAAGCGUCGUCUAUCCUCGUGUCUCUGGUUACUGCGGCCUUUGGUUUUGCACUACCUAACCCGGCUACUCCCUCGUUGACCGAGACAGCAAAGGGUUUCAAUGUUUCGUUUUUCUUAAACGGACGCGCUGGGGCGGGUAUCAAGCCGUUCUGGGAAGAAGGAGCAAAGGGUACCAAAUCUGGUGAACCGAUUGUCAUCUUCGGAGGGUCUUCAUCUGUGGGACAAUUCGCCAUCCAGAUUGCCAAACACUUGGGGUACUCGCCCAUCAUCACUACCUCCUCCCUCAAACACACGGACUAUCUCAAACAUCUUGGCGCUACGGAUGUUAUCGAACGUACCGCCUCCGCAGCUGACAUACGAGAUCUUGCCCAAGGAAAGCAGUUCAAUACCGUGUUUGACGCUGUCGGUGUCAUAAACCAAGCAUACGUCGAUUUACUUGCCCCACAAGGGACGUUUAUUGUCGCUUUACCUGUUUCUCCGGAUCUCGAGUUCCGAGACGGCAGGAAGGCAGCAAACAGCCUUGGGGCGGCCCAUGUAUUCAAAGAGUUGGGUUUGGGCUUGAUGGAAAAACUCGAAGGGUUGUUGGAGAGUGGUGUUAUUCAGCCAAACAGGGUCGAGAAAGUGUCUGGAGGAUUGGCUGGGAUACCUGGUGCGGUGGCAAGGUUGCAGAAGGAGGGAGUCAGUGGUGUGAAGUUGGUUGUUGAUCCUCGUGAGACACCUUAA